AAAACUUUCUUUUCGGAGAAACUGGAACGACCUCUCACUCGUCACUCUUCUCUCACAUUCGAGACAACUCAUAAACCCUAAUAUACCUCAUCUCUCUCUCUCUCUCUCUCACGGGGUAGCUUGCUGCAGCAGCCAUGCGGAGCCUGAUUACCAGCGGUAUGAGCAAGCUGCUGCGGGUCGGAAGAAUCUCGAACAAUCACACUCGCGAAGGAGCAAGGAGGGCGUACAGCCUGAUACCGAUGGUGAUCGAGCACUCCUCCCGAGGAGAGAGAGCCUACGACAUCUUCUCCCGGCUCCUCAAGGAGCGAAUCAUCUGCAUCAACGGCCCCAUCUCCGACGACACCGCCCACGUCGUCGUCGCCCAGCUCCUCUUCCUCGAGUCCGAGAACCCCUCCAAGCCCAUCAACAUGUACCUCAACUCCCCCGGCGGUGCCGUCACGGCAGGUCUUGCAAUUUAUGAUACAAUGCAGUACAUACGGUCUCCUAUAAAUACCAUAUGUUUGGGUCAAGCUGCAUCAAUGGGUUCUCUCCUCUUGGCUGCUGGUGCAAAGGGUGAGAGGCGGGCCCUCCCAAAUGCAACGAUCAUGAUUCAUCAGCCUUCAGGCGGGUAUAGUGGGCAGGCUAAAGAUAUUUCCAUUCACACAAAGCAAAUAAUUAGGGUUUGGGACUCACUGAAUGAAUUGUAUGCAAAGCAUACAGGACAGACCAUUGAGGUAAUUCAGAAGAAUAUGGAUCGGGAUUAUUUUAUGACACCGGAAGAGGCGAAGGAAUUUGGUAUUAUUGACGAGGUUAUUGAUCAGAGACCAAUGGCUCUAGUCGCGGAUGCUGUUGGUGAUGAAGGCAAAGAUAAAGGUUCAAAGUAGUCUUCAAGGGUUGUGGGUUCAAGAUUGAACAGAGACUUUAGAAAUGGAUGUUUUGAAGUGCUGGUUAAGGGCCCAUCCAAGAAAGGAAGCUGAGUCACUUUUUUUUUUUGGAGUUCUAAUUUUAUUAGAACAAUGAUCUUUCGAUGAGUCUUCAGAAUUCUUCUUUAUGUUGUUUGCGCAUUACGUUAAUUGUAUGCUUUCUUCUUUCACUUCAUUCAGGUUAUGUUACCCGCUUUUCUUUUUCAUGGGUAUUGAUACUUAUCUACUUCGAAUGCCGAUUAAUGGCUUUUUUCUACGAAAGUAGCGGUUCAAAA